AGACAUUUACCGUGCAUUGUGAAAAAGUCGAUCGGAAGAGCGAGAAUCAGCAAGUUUUGUGUUAAAAUUGUAAAGAACGCGACUUUAAUUUUUCAUCAAAAUGGAUCAGGAUUCGUCCGAACCUCGCGAGGAACCGACGGCGGAAACCUCCACCGAUUCCGGCGUCGCCAUGGAAACCACCACGACUCGGGACGAGGGCAACAGUUCGACCGAAUCCGAGCCGGAGUCCGAACCCAGCCCGGUCGCCGCGGACAUUGUGGCCGAGGUGCGCGAGCUGUACCGCAAUGCCAGCAAGCUGGACGUGUUGGUCCGGCUGGUGCAGAGCCGCACGGUGGAGCUUCGGUACCAGCGGCAGGUGCAGAUUUGCCAGGCUGCGUUCGAGGAGGGAAUUAAGGAGAAGACCCGGCUGCAGCUCGACCUGGCCUACUACGACAAGAUGCUGGCGGUGCUGCAGCGGGGGGCGUGCGAGGCCAAAUCGCAGCUGGCGACGGUCACGCAGCAGCACGCCGAGGCGGUCAGGAUGGUGGAGAAGCUGGAUUCGAAGCGGACCGCGCUGAUUCGGGAGGAGCAGCUGAUCAAGGCGGAACUGGCCGGGUACAGGGACAAGUUUGAGGAGAUGCAGCGGGAGAUGGAAGACCGCGCGACCCGCUUUGAGUCCGACCGUCGGCGGUGCGACCAGCUGCAGGCCCAGCUGGACAAGCUGACCGAGGCGAACAAAGCGUACCAGAAGACGGUGUGCGACUCCGAGGCCAAACAGCGCUCGAUGGUUUCCGCUCAUUCGGCGCGGCUGAACGAGAUGGAGAACCUGCGGGCCGACCUGGAAGCCAAGCUGAAGGACGCCCUGGACCGGGUUGAACGCGAGCAGCGAGCCAACGCGCUGCUCAAGGAGCACACGGACACGGUGCUGCAGGAAAAGACCCAACUCGCGAUGGAUCUGGCCAUGGUUGAGAACCGAAUCGCCGCAAUGGAAGCGGAUUUCACCCGAGAGACGGCGGCCCUUGAGGCCAAGUGGAAGGCAAUGGUCGAGGAAGAGACCGCGAGGAUGAACGAAAAGAUCGCCGAGAUGGUCCGCGCGACGCAGGAGCUCACCGCCGAGAAGGACUUGCUGGUGGCCAAGUUGGCCAAGCAGAAGGAAGCGACCGCAGAGAUGGAGGCGAAACUCGGCGGAAUGCAGACCAUCCUGGACGAUCGCAACAGCGAGAUUUUCUCGCUGCACUCCAAGAUCAACGCCGAGCAGAAGCGAUUCGAAGAGGCGAAGCAGCAGCACUCGCAAGAGGCGGCCGAAACCAACGACCAGCUAUCAAAUCUGCUCAAGGAAUCCGCCGAAAAGGAUUCGAAAAUCGCUCGUCUCGAGCAAAACGUAACCGAUCAAACCAACGCCCUCUCCACGAUCCAGUCGCAACUCGAGUCAAAAGACGCCGAAAUCAACCAGCUCAAAGAACAACACCUUAACGUGGACCACUACCUGGCCGAGAUCCGGCAGCUGGAGGCUCAACUCGAGAAGCGACGUGCCAGCACCGAAACCGGAAAUCUGACCGCCCAAAUCACGUCCACGCCGGUUAGCAUCCUGGAGAGCAGCGACGAGCCGCCGGCCAAGCGGAGCUGCGUUUCUCCCAGCUACUCCAACUUCCAGGGUAGCGUCCAGCGGCGGUCGUUCUUCAAGCGAUCGGCGUCCGUGACGACCAGCGCCAACUUGAUGAACAUUAACCUGAACGUGAACUCGGCGAGCACCGACAACGUGGACGACGAACCGAUGGACCUGGGGAAUCUGUCCAGCGUUUCGGCGGCUUCCUCGUCGGUUCGUCCAGUGAAGCCGUUCUUCCGCAGGGAGAAGAAGUAGCUUCGGAUUCUUUUUGUUCGUUAGUUUUUUUGUUGUUGUUGAUUACAUAUCGUGCUAUGUACAGAACAUGUCUUCGUUGAAUUGUUAGUAAUUUGUAAACCAUGAUUGUGCAAAACUUAUUUCUCAUUAGAAUAAAACCACU